AUGGGCUGGCUCGACUUCGUCCCACGCACAUCAUCCCCCCGGCUCUACAUCGGCGGCCUUUAUGCUCUCUACCAAACCUCUCUGAUCGAAGACGCUGGAAUAACGCAUGUGUUAAGCAUUAUCAACUACGAUCCUUUACUGCAAGAGAGAUUUGCGCAUUUGAAACAUUUGCACAUAAGGGCAGAGGACGAUCCAAAUGAAGAUUUGAUAAAGUGGUUUGCGCGGGCGAAUCGGUUUAUUGAGGGGGCGGGGCAGGGAGGGGAUAGCGGGGGAAGCGGGGACGGGAACGAGAGCGAGAACGGCAAAGGUGCUGUUUUCAUACACUGCGCAAUGGGCAAAUCCCGCAGCGCAACAUUCGUGGUUGCGUAUUUGAUGUGGAAGUAUAAGAUUAGCUGGGAAGCAGCCUUGGAGCAGCUUUGUGAGGGGCGGCCGGUGUGUGAUCCGAAUGUUGGGUUUAAGGAGCAGCUGGGGGUAUAUGAGAAGGUGCUGGCUGCGAUGAGUGAAGACGAGGCAAAGGGCAUUUAUGAGAAGUGGGAAAGGGAGAGGUUUAAGGGGGAGUGGUGGGAGUGGGAUAAGAGAGAAAGGGGGAAGAAGAAGGAAAAGGCGAGUUUAUGA